UGCAGACCAGCUGAGAGACGAAGUCUUAAUUAAACAAAGUAUGAUUUGUUCAUCUGCCAAUAUGUGGGUGGUUAAGCACUUAAGCUGUGUAUAUAUAUAGGAGCUAAUGCCAGGGGACUCUGCACCAGCUCAAGCUGAACUGCUUUCCAAGCUCACCUCUCUUGCUCGACGAUCCACACACGAAUUUCCUCGACCUCUUCGUUCAUCCCAAUCUCAUCGUUCGAUCGAUCAACAAUUCUCCUCAGCAAUGGCGCAAAAGAUCGUGAUCAAGGUGCACAUGGGGAGCGACAAGUGCAGGCGGAAGGCGAUGUCGCUGGUGGCGGCGACCGGCGGCGUGGUGUCGGUGGAGCUCGCCGGCGACGACAGGAGCAAGGUGGUGGUGGUGGGCGAGGUGGACUCGGUGAAGCUGACGAGCUUGCUGCGGAGGAAGGUCGGGCCGGCCGAGCUGGUGGAGGUCGGCGACGCCAAGCCGGCCAAGAAGGAGGAGAAGAAGGAAGAGAAGAAACCUGAGACCGUCCCGCCGUACUACUACUACUACCCGUACCACCAUUACAGCCCUUACGGCUACAUCAUGUAGAAUACCAUGUGUACACAUACCGUCCGUAUGUAUGUACACUGGUAGUGUAUACAUCGCGUAGUGCGAAUAUUCUUUUUGUACGGUAUUGCAAGAGAGAUUAUUAUGGUGAUGUUUUGUUUUGCUCUCCCGCGAUAAAAAAUGUGUGAAGUGGGAGCGCGGGGAUGUGAUGAUUGAGGUUUUGAACAGAAGACACAGAGCUUUGCGGUUUGUUAAGUUUAAAUAUUUUGAGGCUAUCAUCCGACUUGCAGAGUACAUUCUCUCUGUCGAUAAAUAAUGCAUUUGAAAUUUAUCUGUAAA